AUGGACAUUAUACAUAAAUCAUUAACUGGUGCAUCUUUUCAAUCAAAAUCAAAUAAUAUAUCAGGAAGUAUAUCACUUUUUAGAGAAAAUAAAAGGACAAGCCUAUCGUCUAUUGACAAAGUGUCUUUGUCUCUUGUUUCUAUUCCAUCUGGAUCAAGUACAUCAUCACCAGCAUCAUUUGAUAUUCAUAAACCUUCUUCAACUCUUUUAUAUCCAGCAGGAGCUGUUGCAGUUCUACAUCGUAUUAACAAGUCAGAAGCAGCUAAAAGGUUUUUUUGUAUACCACCAAGUUCUACUUUAGACGGGGGAAUUGCUACUGGUAGUUCCUUUUUAUCCUGCAGAAAUACUAUUUCACGUGAUAACGUUGAUAUGAUUACAUGUCAUGAAUCUUCAGGGAAUUCACCUAGAUUUUUAUAUGAUAAAUAUUAUGGAUAUUGCAUGCGUGAUGAAUUAGAAUCACAAAGUAAAGUAAGAGAAAGGGUUAAAGCACUUUCUUGUACUACUAUUAGUCCAGAUGGAAAAUAUAUUGCUGUUGGUGAGAGUGGAAAGUCUCCCCGUAUUUUGCUAUAUUCUACAACAUCAGAGGAGUCUUGUUUACCUAUUGCUAUUUCGGGUCAUACAUUUGGUAUAAAAUGUCUUUCUUUUUCUUUUGAUUCAAAAUAUCUUGCAAGUGUUGGAUUUCUCCAUGAUGCAACUAUUAAUGUUUGGUUAAUAAAUGAUAAGUCUAAUUGUAUAAGACGACUUUCGAAUAAUAAAGUAACAAGUCUUGUUAGAGAUAUUUCGUGGAUGGGGAUGAUUGUUGUUACAUGUGGAUUACGUCAUGUUAAAUUAUGGAAAUGGGAUGAAGAGGAUGCUAAUAAACCAUCAAAUAUAGGAAGAACUUCUGUUUUAGAGGGGAAAAAUAUAAUUUUGGGAACUAUGUCCGAUGCUGAUUUUAUGUCUAUUAGAUCAUUUGGGAAAGAAUCUGUAAUAUUAUGUUCUAGUAAGGGAGAAAUAUGUAUUGUUUUUGAGGGAGAACGUUCUAUUAAGCGUGUUUUUAAUACAGGGUAUGAAAUAAGUUGUAUUGAUAUAAACGAUAUGGAUAAUUUGUUAUGGGUUGCAGGAAAGCAUUCUCAAAUAGAGGCAUAUAAUAUAUCUGAAUUGGUUGAUAAAAAUAAUUUUAAUGAAGGAUUUAAAAAAGAAGUUGUUAAAUCAUUUAAACAUAUGACACCAAGUCCUGCAAUAUUGGCUAUUGCAUGUGAUUAUUCUGGACAUUUAGUAACAGUUGAUAGUAUUCAUUCAAUUUGCAUUAUUGAUAUAAACGAUGAAUCUAAAAAUCAAAUAAUAGGUGGAAAUUCAGUGAAAUUGAUGGGUGUUAAAAAUUUGCAUGAAAAUUCUCUUAAUGCUAUAUUAAUGACAUGGUCUUUAAAUGGAACAGUGUCUUUUUGGGAUGAAAAUGUUUCAUGCAUAUCAACUGUAAAUAUUCUAAUAGAACAACCUGAAAAUAUGUCGGAUGAAACCAUAAGAAAUGAGUUAAAAGUUGUUGAAUAUAAUUAUAAUAAUCAAGAAGUAGUAAUAGGCGAUGCUUACGGUAUGUUAAAAACAAUAAAUCUUCAAAGUCAAAAAGAAUUAUGGAGACAAAUGGCACAUGAUGGGGAAAUUACAUGCAUUGAUUCUGGUAUUUUAAAUGAACAAAAUGUGAUGAUUAGCUCUGGUAGAGAUAGAACUAUACAGGUAUGGUGUCAAGAUACAUCUAGCCAGAACUGGAUUUUAGAACAAACAUUAGAUGAUCAUAAUUCAUGUAUAAAUAAAGCAUGUUUUCAUAAAAAAUGUCAAAUGCUUAUUUCUUGUUCUGCAGACCGUACUGUUAUUAUCAGACAACUUCAUGAAGAAGCUCGAAAUUGUCGGUUACGCUAUUUAUCAGUAAAAGUAAUUUCACUACGUUCUUCAGCUUUGGACUUUGCAUUUAUAUCUGAAGAUUCGUCUAGAUUUUUUGUAUCGACUUUAGAUAGGCAACUUAUGCAAUGUGAUAUUCAAGGGCAAAUCAUUGGAUCUUAUAAGACUUCUGAAGAAUUGAGAGAAACUGUGUUUUUAGACCGUAUUGUUAUAUCAGAUCCGAUUGUUUCAAAUUCAGAUAGUACAAAAAAAACAACUUUGGAACAAAGAUUUAUUGCUGGUCUGGGAAAUGAUAAAGCUAUAAGAAUAUAUGAUCUACUUUCGUGUUCUUUUGUUGCAAAAAAUUAUAUACAUACAGAUGGACUUACUGGAAUAACUUGGAUACGACAUAACCAGUCGGAUAAUAAAUUGAAGCUUGUUUCUACUGGGUUAGAUGUUUUUGCUGUCUGGGAAUUAUCAGUAAAUGAGGUGCAAAAAUUAACGACAACACACGCGAUUUGUGUAAAUUUAGGAAGUCCUAUUAGAAAAAUUAUUCCAAAAAAUAUUACAAGUCAUCUUUCUUCUUCUAGACUAAAAGACGUGCCUAUUCAUUCAAAAAAAAUAUGGGGAACUGCUUCUGGUUUAUCAAUUUGUUCCAUAAAAAAUGAUAGUGAUUGUUUAAAUUCAAAAAGAAAAGCUAGAAUAGGUCGAAACAUAGUCGAUCAACUUGAAGAUUCUAAACGACGUUCUUCAAGUCCUGUUCGAACAUCUAAUAAAAAGCCAGAAGAAGUGUGUUGUCCUAGAAGACUAUCUGAUCAUAACACUAGUUUUGUUAAUUCAACAUAUAUUUCUAAUGAAAAAUAUGAAAUUACUAAGGAUAGUUCUGGUUUUGUUAAUUCAACACAUAUUUCUUCUGAAAAAUAUGAAAUUAGCAAGGAUAAUUCUAAAGAGAUCCAUGAUGAUGAGUCUAUAUUACUUGAUGAAAUAAAUUUGCUUAUAGAUAAAUUAAAACAAAUUCAUUGUGAUAUGAAAAAUAUAAAAAAAAAGGAUACCCAGAAAAGGUCUAUGUUAUUUUAUACUUUAGAAAAUCAGCUUAUAUUAAUGUUAAAUGAUCUUCGAGAACAAGUACCAUCAGUGGAAAUUCAGAAUUCAAGAGAUCUUUUAGAAAAAUAUUCAGCAGAAUUGAUAGCUCUAGUUAGAGACAAGAUAUCUGAUAAAAUUGGUAAUUCUUGUUAA